AUGAAGUUCACGCUGAGUCUUGGGUCGCAGGCGUGGGGAGAGUCUUGGGAGAGGGCGGUGGUGGCCCCAGCUGCGGAAGCAGCGGGCCCGGCGGCGGGAGGCAGCGAGCUUGGCAGAGGUGCACAGUACGUUUCCAGCCUGCGGCCAGAUAGCCACGGCACUCGGCUCGCGCUCGCCUUCCCUUUAUGCCUCACCUUUGGCGGUGGGCGCCGGAGCUCCCCGGACUGCGCUGGGCCCAGGAUCAGCCGCUGGGGUUUCACGCAGCUGGCUAGCCCGCGUACCAUGGAGCAGACGUACGGUGAGGUGAACCAGUUGGGCGGCGUAUUUGUCAACGGCCGCCCCCUGCCCAACGCCAUCCGCUUGCGUAUCGUGGAGCUGGCGCAGCUGGGUAUCCGACCUUGUGACAUCAGCCGGCAGCUUCGGGUAUCCCACGGCUGCGUGAGCAAGAUCCUGGCGCGCUACAACGAGACGGGUUCCAUCCUGCCAGGGGCCAUCGGAGGCAGCAAACCCCGCGUCACCACCCCUAACGUGGUCAAGCACAUUCGGGACUACAAGCUGGGCGACCCUGGCAUCUUUGCCUGGGAGAUUCGCGACCGGCUGCUGGCCGACGGCGUCUGUGAUAAAUACAACGUGCCCUCUGUAAGCUCUAUCAGCCGCAUCCUGCGCAAUAAGAUUGGUAGCUUGGCGCAGCCUGGGCCCUACGAGGCGAGCAAGCAGCCGCAGCCACAGCCGGCGCUGCCCUACAACCACAUCUAUCAGUACCCUUACCCCAGCCCGGUGUCAUCCACCGGCGCCAAAAUGGGCAGUCACCACGGGGUCGCGGGAACAGCAGGUCAUGUCAGCAUUCCUCGUUCAUGGCCUUCGGCUCAUUCGGUCAGCAACAUCCUGGGCAUCCGAACGUUUAUGGAACAAACAGGAGCCUUCGCUGGGAACGAAGGUGCCACCUACUCCCAGAAGAUGGAAGAUUGGACUAGCGUGAACCGUACGGCCUUCCCCGCCACCCAAGCAGUAAAUGCGCUCGAGAAACCGGCAUUAGAGGCGGACAUUAAGUACACCCAGUCUGCGUCUGGCCUCUCCGCAGUGGGAGGCUUCCUCCCCGCCUGCGCCUACCCUGCCUCCAACCAACAUGGCGUGUACAGCGGGCCGGCGGGGGGCUACCUCGCCCCGCCAUGGCCUCCCGCUCAGGGACCCCAGUUGGCACCCUCCGGAGCCGGCGUCGCAAUGCACAGCGGGGAGCUCGCAGUGGCAGCGUUGACCUUCAAGCAUCCCAACCGAGAAGUGCCUGACCGGAAGCCUCCCAGCCCUGGCAGCAAGGCCCCAGACAGCCUCAGUAGCUUACAUGGACUUCCCGUCCCAGCCUCGAACUCCUAG